AUCCUUGAUCGAAUACAUGUCCGACUUUUCCAGAUGGAGCUGCCACCUCGACCAAAACUCUUUGACUUCCAUGGAGUCUCCAUGACCAACUACUUUACUGACAACUGGGACAAUGUACAGAACUUCCAGGCCCGACCAGAUGACAUUCUCAUCGCUACCUACCCAAAAGCAGGAACCACAUGGGUCUCCUACAUUCUAGACCUGCUGUAUUUUGGCCAGACAGCCCCUGAGCGUCAGAGACCCAUCUUUGAGAAAGUUCUUUUUCCGGAGUUGCUCAUUCCUCUUUACCCUCCAGGGGUGGAGGUGCUGGACAACUUAACCACCUCUCCUCGCCUCAUCAAGACUCACCUCCCAGUCCAGUUGCUGCCCAAGUCCUUCUGGGAGCAGAACUGCAGGGUAGUGUAUGUGGCCCGUAAUGCCAAGGACAAUGCUGUGUCUUAUUUCCACUUUGACCGCAUGAACCAGGCCGACCCAGAGCCAGGAGACUGGAACAACUUCUUACAGAGAUUCAUGGAUGGAAAGAUGGUGUUUGGUUCGUGGUACGACCAUGUGACUGGCUGGUGGGAGAAGAAGCAGACUCACUCCAAAAUCCUCUACCUCUUCUAUGAGGACAUGUUUGAGGAUACGGGGAGAGAGCUGGACAGGCUGUGCUCCUUCCUAGGUUUGUCUCCUUCAGCAGAGGAGAAGGAGAGGGUGAGAGGAGGAGCGCAGUUUGAUACUAUGAAGAAGAACAGCAUGGCCAACUACUCCACCGUCCCAAUCAUGGAUUUCAAGAUCUCUCCAUUCAUGCGAAAAGGAAAGGUUGGUGACUGGAAGAACCAUUUCACUGUGGCCCAGAGUGAACAGUUUGAUGAAGACUAUAAGAAGAAGAUGAAGAACACCACCGUACAGUUCCGCACUGUAGUCUAGGUUGUGGUCAAGUUGACUGUCUGAUUGUUUGUGGUCAGGUUGAUUGUUUAUUUGGCGCAUAUGGACCUACGAUAGGCUCGGCUGGGGUGUCAGUCUUCCAUUGGUCCACAGUGAACUGGGUUAUGGUGUUGAAAUAUACAGGGUGAGGAUCAUAUCGUAUCAUAUCCUAGAGUGUGAAUGAGAAAGAUCAUGAAGUGUCUUAUAAUAUCAUUUUUUGAGAAUGAUUGAUGCUACUUUGAGAUAUGAGCUAUAGGUUGAGAACUGAAAACAAAAGUAAAAUGAGGACAUGCUGCACAGUACAUUCUCAGCAAUGUGAGCUAUUUGUAAAUCAUCUUGCCUGGUCUGUUUACUGUCGAUACAGUAAUAAAUAUGUGAAUGGAGAAGAACAUUAUUAAGCAUCAAGCAUUGUUUUAUGCUGUUUAGAAAAUAUACAUACUUUGAAACUGUAACAAUUCCUACUCGUAUACAGUAUGACUAAACGUAAUACAUUGAUGUUCAUGUACUUGUAUUUAAAUUA